AUGGAGGGGCCCAUGUCUUCACCUCCGCUGACCCACAGGCCGGACAUCCACCUCCAGGGCCCCCUCCAGUCCGGCCGGCCCAGGAACAUCACCUGUGCGGCGCCCUGGGCCUGUGAGAGGGAGACACCCCACCACCUUCUCCUGGACGGGGGUUGGCCUCGGCGCCACGAGCACCGACUCCCCGGUGCUCACCCUCAGCCCGGGGCCCCAGCACCACGGCUCCAACCUCACCUGCCGGGGACCUUCCCCGCAGUGAACGUGAGCACAGAGACCACCGUCCGGCUCAGCGUGGGCUAUGCGCCCCAGAACCUGACCAUCCAGGUGAUCAGGGAAGAAGGUUCAGGGCCUGAAGCACUGGGCAAUGGCUCCUCUCUCCCGGUGCAGGAGGGCCAGUCCCUGCGCCUGGCCUGUGUGGUCCACAGCAGCCCUCCCACCAAUCUGACGUGGGUCUGGGGGAGCCAGACGGUGAAGUCCUCUCCAAGCCUACACUCCGUGGGUGCGGUUGGCACAUGGGAGCACCCCCAGACCCUGGAGCUGGAGCUGGCCAGGGUGCGCCUGGAGGACCACGGGAAACUCCUCUGCUGCGCUGAGAACCCCCUGGGCUCCCAGGAGGCCUCCCUGAGUCUCUCUGUGGAGACCCCGUGGGACCCUCCCUGUGCUGGCGGCUGGGGGAGCAGCAGAAAUGCCUUCACCCAGGUCAUCUUCAGCCUCUCGGGGCUCUGGGCCAACAGCUCCCUGUGCCUCGGCGGUCUGAGAUGUGAGGCCGGGAUGCUCUUGGGAACGGGGAUACCUCUGUCCCCCUUCUCCCAGGGGCACCAGGGUGGAUCCUGGGCUGACAGCCCCCCACGCCCCCAGGGCCCAGCGGAGGCCCCCUCAGAGGAGGAGCAGGAGCUGCAUUACGCCAACCUCGCAUUCCUCAAGGCAAGCACCAGGGCCUUUCUGGUCCAGGAGACCCCUGAGUACGCCGAGGUCACCGUCCGACAUGGAGCCGCCCUCUCCUGA